AUGGGUCGCUCCGGUGCUGCACGCUCGCCAUCGGCACGGGCGUCGCCGCCGCCUUCGGGCAAGCCCAAAUCCAAAAAGGACGCUGCUGUCAUCCGCCCGGACGACUACUCGUCCGAUGGUGUCAAGGACAACGACGUCUUUCUGCUGCCCGGCUCCGACUUCCAGAUCCUCAUUGGCGUCACCAUCCUGGCCGCCAUUGUGCGCCUGUUCCGCAUCUACCAGCCCACCAGCGUCGUCUUUGACGAGGUCCAUUUCGGUGGUUUCGCGUCCAAGUACAUCAAGGGCCGCUUCUUUAUGGAUGUUCACCCGCCCCUGGCCAAGAUGCUCAUUGCGCUGACCGGCUUCCUGGCCGGCUUCGACGGCGAGUUCGACUUCAAGGAGAUUGGCAAGGACUACCUCGAGCCCGGCGUUCCCUACGUCGCAAUGCGCCUGUUCCCUGCCAUCUGCGGUAUCCUCCUCGUGCCCACCAUGUACCUGACCCUCAAGGCCGCCAACUGCCGCACCUCUACCGCUCUGAUGGGUGCCGGCCUGAUCAUCUUUGAGAAUGGCCUUCUGACCCAGGCUCGCCUGAUCCUGCUCGACUCUCCCCUCAUCGCCGCGACCGCUUUCACCGCCCUGGCCUUCACUGCCUUCUCCAACCAGCAUGAGCAGGGCCCGUCCAAGGCCUUCACCCCCAGCUGGUGGUUCUGGCUCUUCACCACCGGCCUCGGCCUCGGCAUUACUGUCAGCAUCAAGUGGGUCGGCCUCUUCACCAUUGCCUGGGUCGGCUCCCUGACGCUGAUCCAGCUGUGGGUGCUGCUCGGUGACACCAAAACCGUCACUGUGCGCGUCUUCUCCAAGCACUUUAUGGCCCGUGUCUUCUGCCUCAUCAUCGUCCCGGCCACCUUCUACAUGGGCAUGUUCGGCAUCCACUUCUUGUGCCUGGUCAACCCCGGUGACGGCGACGGCUUCAUGAGCUCCGAGUUCCAGGCCACCCUCAACUCCAAGGCCAUGCAGGACGUCCCCGUCGACGUGCUGCUCGGCAGCUCCGUCACCAUCCGCCACGUCAACACCCAGGGCGGCUACCUGCACUCCCACCCGCUUAUGUACCCGACGGGCAGCAAGCAGCAGCAGGUCACCCUGUAUCCCCACAAGGACCACAACAACGCGUGGCUGCUCGAGAACCAGACCCAGCCCCUCGAUUCGGCCGGCGAGCCCAUCAACGGCACCGAUGCCUGGAACAAGCUCCCCGAGAGCGGCGAGCUGCCCUACAUCGUCGACGGCACUGUCCUCCGCCUGUUCCACCCCUCGACGUCCCGCCGCCUGCACUCGCACGACGUGCGCCCGCCGGUCACCGAGGCCGAUUGGCAGAACGAGGUCUCCGCCUACGGCUACGAGGGUUUUGACGGUGACGCCAACGACUACUUCCGUGUCGAGAUUGUCAAGAAGCAGUCCGACGGCGCGCUCGCCAAGGAGCGUGUCCGCACCAUCGAGACCAAGUUCCGCCUCGUCCACGUCAUGACGGGCUGCGUCCUCUUCUCUCACAAGGUCAAGCUCCCCGACUGGGCCUCGGAACAGCAGGAGGUGACGUGCGCGCGUGGCGGCAGCCUUCCCAACAGCGUGUGGUACGUGGAAUCGAACGAGCACCCCCUGCUGGGCGCCGACGCCGAAAAGGUCAACUACCGGCGCCCGGGCUUCUUCGGCAAGUUCCUCGAGCUCCAGCAGGUCAUGUGGAAGACCAACGCCGGCCUGGUGGAGUCGCACGCCUACGACUCGCGCCCGAGCGCCUGGCCCAUCCUGCGCCGUGGCAUCAACUUCUGGGGCAAGCAGCACCGCCAGAUCUACCUCAUUGGCAACCCCUUUGUCUGGUGGUCCUCCACGGCCGCCAUUGUCGUCUACGUCCUGUUCAAGGGCAUCGCCGUCCUCCGCUGGCAGCGCAGCUGCGGCGACUACAACAACGCCACAUUCAAGCGCUUCGAUUACGAAAUUGGCACGUCCGUCCUGGGCUGGGCGUUCCACUACUUCCCCUUCUACCUGAUGGAGCGCCAGCUGUUCCUGCACCACUACUUCCCGGCCCUGUUCUUUGCCAUUAUGGCCUUCUGCCAGGUGUACGACUUUGCCACGGCCCGUUUCGGCGUCUUCCGCGUCAAGAGCAACCCGCUCAUCGGCAAGGCCGGUGCCAUGACCAUCCUGGCCGUCGCGACCGUUGUCUUUACGUUGUAUGCGCCCCUGGCCUACGGCAACACCUGGACCAAGUCGGAGUGCAAGCGUGUGCAGUUGUUCAGCAGCUGGGACUGGGAUUGCAACACCUUCCUCGACUCGUACCAGGAAUACGAGCAGUUUAACAUGCCUUCGGUUGCGGCCGUGCCCACGUCCCCCGGCGCGGCUCCUGUUGACGAGCAGCCGGCCCCGAUUGCUGACAUUCCGAUAGCGGGCGGCGAGCACGGCCAGAUCCCCAUUGAGCAGGCCCAGCAGCAGCAGCAGCAGCAGCAGCAGCAACAGCCCGAGGAGGACAAGCCGCAAGAGGUGCAGCAGGAGCAGCAGCAGUCGGUGGCGGAGCCGGAGCCGCUCCACACCGAGCCUCCGGCGCCACCCGUUGCGCUCGCCCAGGAUGGAAACCAGAACCAGCGGAUCCUGUCGCGCGACGAGCGCGUCGAGUACCGCGACCAGGACGGCAACAUCCUGGACCCCGAGCAGGUCGAGGCGCUGCGCGGCAAAGUCGAGUUUAAGACGCGCUACGAGACGCGCACGCGCCUGGUCGACGAGGCCGGCAACGAGAUUCUGGACGAGAGCGCGCCGGUGGCCCCGCCGCACCCGGACGUGGAGGGCGUGGACCAGUCGACCAAGCAGAGCCUGGUCGCCGACGACGCCCUGCCCCAGAGCGCCGACCCCAGCGUGGAGGGCGAGCGUGAGAAGGACCAGACCCGCGCCAAGCCGGCCAGCGAGGGCAGCGAGGCCACGCAGCGCCGCGAGGCGGAGGAGGCUGAGGCGGCGCCGGCGGCGGCGCCGGCCGCGGAGGAGUAA